CUCAUCAAGAUAUUCUACAAUGGCCCUCAUGAAAUUUGCUUUCUUUUUCCUAACUCUCUCUGCUCUUUUUGAAGCAUAUCAUGCUCGACAUUUAAAAGAUGCAUCUAAAGGAGUAAUUCAGAUGAUAACAAGCAGAGAAGUAUACAAGAGCAAGGCUUAUGGUCGAGUCGCAAAAGUACCACCACCGCCAAAAGUAGCACCAUCUAAAGGCGAGGAUACUUAUAGCCGGGAUAGCCCAAAAGCACCACCGCAACUAGUCCAAACUAAUUGCGGUGGAUACAAUCUUAAGGGACUAGAUGAUGCACCCCCUGACGUUGAGAAAACACUACUACAAAAAGAGUCAUCGGCAUCACUAACACUACCAGAAGGUCAAACUAGUUAUAUCACAUACAACCUUAAGGGACCAAAUGACCUUAAGGGACCAAAUGAUGCACCCUCUGACGUUGAGAAAACACCACCACAAAAAGAGUCAUUCGCAUCACUAACACUACCAGAAGGUCAAACUAGUUAUAUCACAUACAACCUUAAGGGACCAAAUGAUGCACCCUCUGACGUUGAGAAAACACCACCACAAAAAGAGUCAUCCGCAUCACUAACACUAUCAGAAGGUCAAACUAGUUAUAUCACAUACAAUCUUAAGGGACCAAAUGACCUUAAGGGACCAAAUGAUGCACCUUCUGACGUUGAGAAAACACCACCACAAAAAGAGUCAUCGACAUCACUAACACUACCAGAAGGUCAAACUAGUUAUAUCACAUACAACCUUAAGGGACCAAAUGAUGCACCCUCUGAUGUUGAGAAAACACCACCACAAAAAGAGUCAUCGACAUCACUAACACUACCAGAAGGUCAAACUAGUUAUAUCACAUACAAUCUUAAUGGACCAAAUGACCUUAAGGGACCAAGUGAUGCACCUUCUGACGUUGAGAAAACACCACCACAAAAAGAGUCAUCGACAUCACUAACACUACCAGAAGGUCAAACUAGUUAUAUCACAUACAAUCUUAAGGGGCCAAAUGACCUUAAGGGACCAGAUGAUGCACCCUCUGAAAGCGAGAAAACACCGUCACAAAGAGAGCCAUCGGCAUCAAUAACACUACCACAAGGCCAAACUAAUUAUAUUACAUACAACCUUAAGGGACCAAAUGAUGCACCCUCUGAUGUUGAGAAAACUUUUGGUCGAUAUAACUCCAAAACAAAACCACCAACAUCCAUCACAGCAUCACGAGUCCAUGCUAAUUGUGACUGUCGAUACAAUCUUAAGGGACCAAAUGAUGCACCCUCUGACGUUGAGAAAACUUUUGGUCGAGAUAACCCAAAUAGAUCGUCAUCGGAUAAAGGCCAAAUUUUCUCUUACUAUCUCAAUUCAUAUGUCAUGAGGCUACUUAACAUUUGGAGUUGA